UCGCCAGUUAUCUGUCACCGGCAGCACGUGCGGCGCUCUGGGCAGCGGUGUGAUAAAUAUCUUAGCGCAAGCGCAGUUCCAGGGGCUCGUUUUAUAAUCCAGAAACACCGGGAUAUUUAUAUAUAUUUUAUAUUACAUAACGGAGGGAUUCCGGUGGAGAGCUCGAGACUGAGAAAACGAGACAUUUACAGGGCUGGUGUGGAUCGAGGAGAUCUUUACAUCCCAGUUAUGAAGCUGCUGACAGACUCAGUCUGAUCGCCCCAAGGGAACCUCUGAAGUAUCCCACAUGAUGAUGCAAAAGCAGCCGACCGUACCUCUCCAGGAAGUGUGUGUUCUCUGCGCGGGGGUCGUACUGGGAACUUCAGCCCUCACUAUAGUGGCGAAGUUGGAUGAUCAGGUGAUUAGUUAUAAGGAUUUAGCAGCUAUUCCUAAAGAUAAGGCCAUACUGGACGUUGAGCGUCCGGACCUGAUGAUUUAUGAACCGCACUUCAGUUACACACUGCUGGAACACACUGAGAGGUCCCUCUCUCCGCGCUCUCUCUCUCCUCCUCUUUCUCCUGAGAGCUCGGUCGUGUCGAAGGAGUCGAGGAGUUUGUGGAGCAGAAGUCAUCGGGCAGCUCGUCUCCGGCCCACACUGCUGUCUGUGUGCAGGACGAGCAACAUGAGCAAACACACACACACAACAACAACAGCACUUUCACCGACCUGUCUGUUUCCAGGUAACGGUGCGAAUAUUUACAAGAAGCCUCCGAUCUAUAAACAAGAUGCGUCUAAUGUUCCUCAGAGUAAACACAUGGAGGAUUUGAUUAUCGAGUCGUCUCGUUUUCCCGCCGCUCAGCCGCCUGACCCAAACCUGCCGUCUAAGAUCGAGACGGAGUUCUGGCCAUGUCCCCCCUCCCUUGCAGUGCUGGAGACAGAAUGGAGGAGAAAGUCCACUCCUCAGAACACAGCAGGAGAGGAGGAGGAGGAGGAUGAGUAUGAUGAAGGUGAUGACCUUUGGAGACUCAGACAGAUGCAGAAACAGGAACUCAACAAGAUUCAGUCUAAUUUAGGGAAAUUGAUCCUGAAGGAGGAGAUCGAGAAAGACUCAAUGCGCAGAAAAACUCGUUCUCUUCCCGACCGCACACCCCCUCACCUCGGAACCAGAUCUCCAUCGUUCCCCUCAUACAGUCGGAGUGGGCUAAGCCGACUCCAGUCUGCAGAGUUUUCCUCCUCACACAAUGAUACAGCUAAUCACAGUUUCCAGAACGGCGAUGCUCAGGGCAGGAGGAUGGACAGAGGGAACUCACUGCCCACCAUGCUUGAGCAGAAGAUUUAUCCCUACGAGAUGCUCAUGGUGACUCAUCGAGGCAGAAAUAAACUUCCACCAGGAGUGGACAGGACCAGGCUGGAGAGACACCUCUCUCCAGAAGAGUUUGAGAAUCUGUUCGGCAUGACGAUGGAGGAGUUCGAUCGCCUGUCGCUCUGGAAGAGGAACGAAAUGAAGAAAAGGCUCUCGCUCUUCUAACACCAUAAACGGGAAAAAACACUCGCGCAAUCACAACACAUUUGUCUCAAGGAGAACGACAUGAGAAUCCACCAGCAGGAUGAAAAGUCACACACACACACACACACACACACACACACACACACACACACCAUGUCUGUAUUUGCGAUGAUGAUGGUGAUGAUGAUUUGACACAGAUUCAUCCCCAGCUCCAGGCGUGUGCUAAUCUUCACGUCUUCAAAAAAAAAAAAAAAAUCAAUACGACAUUCCGAUAAAUUGUUACAAACAAUUGUUGGUUGUGGGCGGGGCUAAAAUCUGUCCCGUUUUGUAGGCAGCACUCAGGAGGACAGCUAUUUCUGACAGAGCUAGCUACGUUAUAUACAAUAUAUAGCUAUUAUAUAGACGUGUAUCUGCUCUGCUCAGUUAACGUUGAGAGGCACAAGCAUUUAUUUCUCUUCCUGGAAUUUUGAAUCGGAAGCAGAUUUGGACGGAACAGACGAGCGUCUAUAUUUUACGCAUGUUUGCGCAGCGUAUACGGUGAUAUUCCAAUCAAGUUAAUUUUUUUAUUCUAUGCAAAUUAAGAUGAGCUUUAUGAAGCAGGAAAAUCGAACAAAAUCGAACCAAAUUUUCUAUUGUGACAUUUCUACAAAGCAACAAGCUACAAAAGUAUCGGUAGCUACACGCCCACAAAAGACACAUCAUACCGUCCAAUCAGAUGAAUCUUGCAGCUGGAAACAAUCGUAACUGAUUAAGAGCCAAUGAAAAAAGAGCAGAGGUGUGGCUUAAGUCAGCAUCACCUUGGGUUAGGGAUGUGAAUUUUAUAAACAGGAAGUUUUGAAAGUGUGUUUUUUAAAAAAUGCAUCUAAAAUCUGAUUAGCACUGAUCAAGUUAGUUUAGUGAUAAUAAAUAAAUAAAUAAAUAACCGUAAAUCAUAAUUAUGAUGAGACGGAAACGUAAUCCUCCUGGCUUCCUGUUUUUUAAUAGAUACGAAGUUUCCACAGAGAGCUGAAUCGGCCAAUCAGAGCGAAGGUGAUCUAUUUACACGGAAUGUAUCCGCUUACGAUGAUGAUGGAUUGAAAGACGAGCACAUGAUCAAUAUCGUCUCCACUCUUAACUCGAAGUGUAUUGAUCACAAAGCUCCAUCCCUUCUCUCUCUCUCUCUCUCUCUCUUUCUCUUCUCCCUUUAUUUUGCUGCUAAUGCAUUAUUAAGCACCUUUUCACCGUUAGGUUAGCUCCUCUCUCGUAUCUCAGGGCACUAGCGAUCAUAUGAACAUGAACUGCUAAUGAUAAAUGAACAAUAUAUAUAGUUUGCUAGUUUAGCUAACUACACUUAUCAGCAGAUGUAGAUAAUAAUAAUAAUGGCUAAUUACUGAGGUGACUUAAACUAGUCAAGUCAAGUUUAUUUGUAUUGCGCUUUUCACAACAGACAUUGUCUCAAAGCAGCUUUACAGAAAUCAACAGUCAAGGUGAAUUUAAGGUGUGUAUUUAUCCCUGAUGAGCGAGCCAUGGCGACUGUGGCAAGGAAAAACUCCCUUAGAUGUUAUAAGAAAUAAACCUUGAGAGGAACCUGACUCAAAAGGGGAACCCAUCCUCAUUUGGGUGAAACUAGCAUGAUUGUAAGUCAUGAGCCCCAUUCGCUUUUAUUAGAGGUUUUAUUCAGAGGUUUGUUUCAGAUCAUUUCUUAAUUUAUAUGUAUGUUUUGUCGUACUGCUAGAUAAGAACUGGCUUUAGAUGGUUAGCUAGAGUGCGCUAACCUGACAGGAAGCACAUUGUUGUCAUAAAAGAGCUGCAGGAUGGUAAGAUGUCUAGGGUGCAGAGAUUUUAUAUCAAUGCUAUACUACAAAAUAUUUCUUGACAGGAUUAUUUUAUAUUUAUUCUUCUACAUCCUGAGAACAGGCUUUAACAGUGAGAAGUGCCUCACCAGUGACACUAGAAAACUAACUCCUGUGAAAUAUCCUGACUGGAAUUUUUGUAAUAUUAUGAAAUAGCUUCAAAUUUGAGCAAAAUGACUAGCAUGGGCUACCAUGACAGGAAUUCUGACAGGAAUUUAAUUUAAAUCCAUGACAAUCAACUCUGUCUAAUGUUAGCUCGUUGGCUAGUUAGAGCUAUCUGGUCAAGAAACCUGAGAAUUCUAAACUCAUAUCUCAUAUAAUUUUAAACAUCACUGCUAAUGUUACCUACCUGGUCAUAAUAAUACUACAUCUGCAGAUAACAGCUAGCUAGCAAUGCUAGCAUGCUAAUAGUAGUAUACCAUGUGCUAGCUGCUGAGAGUGAUAGCCGGGAAGUUGCUAACUGAAAAAUAGCUUUAAGAGUUAUAUGGAUAAGAUGAAGAUUGAUGAGAUAAAAGAUUGAAAGAAUUGAUCCUGCUAGCUAGUUUUCCUGCUUAGAUAAGCCAAUGUGCUCUUAUUGUGGAGUAUUGGAAAGUCUUUUUUUUCUAUUAUUCUUUCUCUCUUUCCAUCUCAACCUGACAGAAAAAGAGACAUUCCACAUAAAAACUUUUAUCCAGCGCUUUUUUGUUAGUGACAAUAGUAACCAUAGAGAUUAGCAUUUUUAUUUCAGGAGCAGAAUUUAGACAUUUAGCAGACAGCCAAUCAGAUUUCAGAAGCGGGGCUUUUACGGAUGAAUGAUCACAUUCCAUAGUGUAAAUAUGAUUAAUUUUGUAGUUGAAUUAACAUUUAUAAACUGUUUAUUAAUCAAAGUGUGUGACAGCGUGACGACUUCAACAGCUAAGUAUGAGAUUAAUGAGGAAGAUCCAGUUACUGGAUAAUAAUAAGUUAAUACUGGAUCCCGUUACACAUUACUUACACAAUGGAUCCUGUUACACAUCACAUACACACUGGAUCCUGUAACACAUUAAUUAUACACUGGAUCCCUUUACACAUUACUUACACACUGGAUCCCGUUACACAUCACAUACACACUGGAUCGCGUUACACAUCACAUACACACAGGAUCCUGUUACACAUCACAUACACACUGGAUUUCGUUACACAUCAAUUACACACUGGAUCCCGUUACACAUCACAUACACACAGGAUUUCGUUACACAUCAAUUACACACUGGAUCCUGUUACACGUCACUUACACACUGGAUCCCGUUACACAUCACUUACACACUGGAUCCUGUUACACAUCACAUACACACAGGAUCCUGUUACACAUCACAUACACACUGGAUUUCGUUACACAUUAAUUACACACUGGAUCCUGUUACACAUCACAUACACACUGGAUUUCGUUACACAUCACAUACACACUGGAUCCUGUUAGAAUCACUUAUAGAUUUAUCCUUUGUUUCUUUCUUUCUUUCUUUCUUUCUUUCUUUCUUUCUUUCUUUCUUUCUUUCUUUCUUUCUUUCAGGAUUGAAUGAAAAAUAACAAAAUAAAUGUUGAUUGGUUCAGUGAGUGUUUGUUGUAACUAAGACAUGAUUGUUCUGUUGUUUUUUCUCAUAAUAAGGAGUUUUAUUAUCCUGAUUUUCUUUAGUAAACCGUUAACAACUUGGAUUUAUGUUGAAUAAAAAGUUUUGGGAUUUGACUGUA